AUGGCCUUCGCAGUAGUGGUCACCGCCGGUCUAUUCCUCUCGAGGGUCCAGGCACAGUCUCCGUCAGCGCCCGACAGGCCUCUGCCCGCCAAGGCGCAGCUUAUUGAUCAAAAGAGCUUCAAUGUCUUGAAGGCCGUGCCGCCCUCGUUCGAGUUCAAUGCCACGUCGGGCCCGAGAAGGCACUAA